AUGAAGCGAAACGAGGUCCUCGGUUACGUUGAAAAGGUGCCUGUUAACACCGACAGCAAAAGGGGUAUCUGGUAUCUGCCUCACCAUCCGGUUGUCAACCCCGAGAAACCCAAUAAACUGCGGGUGGUUUUCGACUGUGCGGCCAAGUUCCAGGGCAAGUCGUUAAACGAUCGCCUACUACAGGGGCCUGACUGGACCACAACACUGAUCGAUGUUUUGUGCCGUUUCCGAGUGGGUAAAGUGGCUUUGUCUGCUGACAUUAGGGAAAUGUUCCACCAGGUGAAGAUUCCGGUAGGGGAACGAGAUGCUUUGCGUUUCCUGUGGUGGGAAGGGAGCGACCGGGACAACGCAGUGGUGAAUUAUAGGAUGACCGUCCACCCCUUCGGAGCCAUAUCGUCACCAUUUUGUGCCAACUACGCCCUCCCAGAAUCAGCGAACAAACAUAGCGAUCUGGUACAUCGGACGGUGGUAGAAAGCGUCAGCAGGAACUUCUACGUCGACGACUACCUUGGGUCAUUCGAUGAUGUGGAAUCAGCUCUAGAGCAGUUCAGGGGUCUGACGAGAUUGCUGGAAGAGGGCGGCUUCCAUCCAACUAAAUGGAUGUCGAACGCUUCAGAAGUGCUCAAGGUCAUCCCGUAUCACGAAAAGGCCGAAAGGGUAAGAGAUUUGGACGGCUCUCCACUUCCUAUUGAGCGCACCUUAGGGAUACAAUGGGACGCGGAAACGGACGAUUUUGUUUUCGAACUGAACGUUCCCGAGCUGCCAAUAACCCGUCGUGGCAUACUAUCUGCUGUCUCUAGUCUGCUCGACCCGCUCGGUUUCGUCUCACCAUGGCUGCUACCCGGAAAGAUCUUGCUGCAGCGGCUGUGCCGUAAGAAAGUUGAUUGGGACCAGUCACUGGACCGGGGGGACCGGCUGGACUGGGAAGAAUUUUUGAACACCUUGAAGAAAUUAGGGGACAUUAGAAUCCCACGAUGUUUGACUUCUGGCCAUACGACACGGACUGGAGAACUACAUGCUUUUUCCGAUGCAUCCGAAGUCGGUUAUGGAGAUGUGGUGUACGGACGUUGGUGCGCAGAAGAUGGACAAUAUACCACGAGGAUCCUGUUCGUCAAAACCCCAGUUGCUCCACUGAAGUCGGUCUCAAUCCCACGCCUUGAACUCAGCGCAGCCGUGUUGGCAAUCAAGGUGGUGCAAGCUAUGAAGAGAUGCUUCGAUCUCUACAUUUGGUCGGUGAGCUUCUGGACGGAUUCAACGAUAGUACUUUACUAUAUCAACAACGUCCGGAGCCGGUUUAGUACUUUCGUUGCUAACCGGCUCACGAUUAUCCACGAUGAAUCAGUCACGCACCAGUGGAGUCAUGUCAGGUCUGGCGAUAAUCCGGCCGACCUGUGCUCCCGAGGUGCGAACAACUUCAAGCAACUGGACACGUGGACGAGAGGGCCAAACUUCCUGCAAUUGCCCAAACAGGACUGGCCCGUGUUCUAA